GUGGGGGUGGCGGGGCGGGGGCCGCGCACGCCCAGCCCCACGGCCUCGCCGCGCCUUGCGGGACAGGUUGGGCCGGCGGGGCGGCGCCCGGCUCCGGGGAAUAAUGAGUGUCUGUCAGGCCGUCCCCGGGUGACUGGGCGGGGCGGGGCGGAGGCGGCGCGGGAGGCGGGGGCGGCGGGGGAAGGGCGCAGGGCGGGGUGCGUGUUUGCGCUAGUGACUCGGCCGACCCCUCCGGCGGCAGCCUCCACCCAAGUGGGUGGGGACCCGCCCAGCCCGGGCGGCCGUGGCGGCUCCCUUUCCCCUCCCUGACCCUCCCACCCUGGGUCCCAGCCUCUACUUACCCCGCCAGCCCCGGGAGGCUCGCAGAGCGAGCGGCGCCGGCGUCAUGUGACUGCCCAGAGUUGGUGCCAGGAGCCAGAGGGAAGCCAGGAGCCGAGCCGCGCGGAGCCGGGGCCCGAGCCGCAGCGCCCGCCGCACGCGCGCCCGUCCCCGUCCCGGUCCCGAUCCCCAGCGACCAGCGCGGCUACCGCCGCUCGGACUGGAGCGCUGACACCGCUGCAUUCGCGGGGCCCCUGACCGCCCGGAUCCGGGCCUUUUAUUGCUGGUCUGCAGCGCUCAGCGUCGCGCCUCGAAAAGCCAAACACCGGAGCACCCUAGAAACCUAACCUAAAAGAAUGCUCAUGUUUGACCCAGUUCCUGUCAAGCAAGAGGCCAUGGACCCUGUCUCAGUGUCAUAUCCAUCUAAUUAUAUGGAGUCCAUGAAGCCCAAUAAGUAUGGCGUCAUCUACUCCACACCAUUAUCCGACAAGUUUUUCCAGACCCCAGAAGGCCUUUCCCACGGGAUGCAGAUGGAGCCAGUGGACCUCACAGUGAACAAGCGGAGUUCACCCCCCUCUGCAGGGAAUUCUCCUUCCUCGCUGAAGUUCCAGCCCUCACACCGGCGGGCCUCGCCCGGACUAAGCAUGCCUUCUUCUAGCCCACCGAUGAAAAAGUACUCACCCCCUCCCCCGGGAGUGCAGCCCUUCGGGGUGCCGCUGUCCAUGCCCCCGGUGAUGGCUGCUGCCCUCUCUCGGCAUGGGAUUCGGAGCCCAGGGAUACUGCCGGUCAUACAGCCAGUGGUGGUGCAGCCUGUCCCCUUUAUGUACACCAGUCACCUCCAGCAGCCGCUCAUGGUCUCCUUGUCGGAAGACAUGGAGACUUCAAAUAACAGCAUGCAAGUUCCUGUAAUUGAGUCAUACGAGAAGCCUAUCAUACAGAAAAAAAUUAAAAUAGAACCUGGGAUCGAACCACAGAGGACAGAUUAUUAUCCUGAAGAAAUGUCACCCCCUUUAAUGAACUCAGUGUCCCCCCCGCAAGCAUUGUUGCAAGAGAAUCAUCCUUCAGUCAUCGUGCAGCCUGGAAAGAGACCCUUACCUGUGGAGUCCCCAGAUACCCAGCGGAAGCGGAGGAUACACAGAUGUGACUAUGACGGAUGCAACAAGGUCUACACUAAAAGUUCUCACUUGAAAGCACACAGAAGAACACAUACAGGAGAGAAACCCUACAAAUGUACAUGGGAAGGAUGCACGUGGAAGUUUGCGCGGUCUGAUGAACUAACAAGACAUUUCCGAAAGCACACUGGAAUCAAACCCUUCCAGUGUCCAGACUGUGACCGCAGCUUCUCCCGCUCAGACCAUCUUGCCCUACAUAGGAAACGCCACAUGCUAGUCUGAAUGCCUCCGUCUCCCACCUCAGCGUGGCCCCCACUCUCCCAGCUCUCUCUCUCUGCUCUCCCUCCCAUUAUCUAACUCAUUUUUUACAUGUACAUUUUAAUUUGGGUUCAGCUGGCCUGAAUCUCUGAAUUUAUAUCAUUCAAACUUCCAUAUGGUCAGUAGUAGAUAUUUUCUAAUUCUCCCUCUCCUUACCACGGGUCAGACCUAAAGAAUGUGAACACUUUUUAUUAUUAUUUCUUUCCGGGGAUGCUAAGCAAACCCUUCUUACAGAUAAACUUAAUGUAAUGAGAACAAGGGAACAUGUAAACUUUGCAAUUUACCAUUACCAAUUGUCAGUUUCUCCAUGUAUUUCUCAAAAGAAUGUCAAAGUAAAUGUAUUUAGAAAUACAGUAUCCAGCCUGCUAGUCCUUGCCAGAGACAUAGAUACCUCUUGUGUCCUGGGAUCACAUUGUGUGCUUGACAUCGAGAAGUUGUGGGCCCUUUUUUAGGUUAGCUGGAAGAGCAGUAAGAUUGCAGCUGAGUAGUCAGCUGUCCCUCCCAUGGCCCUUUGUUAAUCUUGCUGGUCGGCAUGGGUUUAUCACUUCCAUUACCACCGUUGGGAGAUGAUCCAGAGCUGCUAAUGGAGCCUGGGCGGUAGCUGUCAGUUCAAGGGACAUUGAGCAGAGGAGGAGCAUAAAAGAAGCCAGCCAUUCAUUCUACCCGGGCUAGGGGGCUCAGUGACACUUCAUCCUAAUGCACAUCCAGCUGUGCACAACCUUGAAGUCACACACUGACAGAGGGCUUUCCAUGUGUCCAUUUCCAUUCCUGCAGUGCCCUUAUGCGCAUCAGCCAGCCCUGGUGGUAGGGAUGCCACAAAAAGAUUUACUCAGUGCUGGUGAAAAAACUGUUAGUUGAGAACAUGAGUCAGCCUUUCUUUUACCCAACUGACAGCUUUUUUGUAAAUGGAAAUGUUGAGUGGUAACUGUAUUCCCCUAUCUAAUUAAUCACGUAGCUUUUAUCCAGAAGCUCUUCUGUAUGAGCUGUAAGUGCCAAAUUGGCUGUCAUCUGUGUUCAUGACACAGCAUAAAUGAGCAUCUGCUAUUGUUUUAGUAGCUUCAUCUAAUUGAAGACCCUGAGUGACACUAUUUGUAAAUAUAACUGGUAGUGAAGCACAUAUACCUUUUUUUGGAGGACAGAUUUCUGAAUUAAAAAAAUAAACAGAAAACCACAGUUCAGGGAUUUCUAUUAUGUAGCUCAAAAAUACCCAAAUGUUUACUGUUAGACCUGUCACUAUCAAGUAUCCUGUCCGAACAAAUUGAAAAUGACUUGUCUAUGUUGAAAAUGGGAGCACCAUUAUUUGGAGGAAGUUUUUCAAAAGCAGGCUUUUGAACACCAUAGUCUAAAUGCCAAUAAAAGUCAUCCAUGCAUAGAAAUGCCCUUGGUCCUAAAUUUGAAGUUGGCGACAGUGGUCAAAUGUGGGUGCAUGUGACCAAAUGCGCCUUCAUCCCUCAGUAGAGGGUGGAGAAGAGAGAAGAGUGGAAUCCUGAAGAUCCAUCCCAGCCACUCAGGAUCCAACACAAUCUUAACUGGGAGGAAUACACUGAUUGCUUUUCAAACAUCAGCCAAUGCAUUAUUCUGGAGGCCUGCGAAUUGCAUGAGGAGCUUACUUUGAUGACACCGUGUUAAUAAGUUAAUAAUUGUACACCUGAGACUGUACACCUGAGAGCCAGCUCAUAGCCUUUGGACCCAUUACAACUUGAAAGUAGUUGAGAAAUGCAAAGGGAUUUGUUAUCUUGGCACUUGGUCUUGGAUAUAUAUAUAUAUUUUAAGUACUGCAAAAUAAGUUUAGAAUAUUAAAAUAUCCUAAUUGGAUUUUUGUUUGUUUGUUUGGGGGAGUUAGGUUUAUUCUUGUUUGCUUUUUUCUUUUUUGCAAUUGUGACAUGGAUUGAGAGAUAAAACUGCUUGUUGGAAAAGUAGGUGUUAUUCGUAUUGUAAAUGUUGAGUCACAUUCAUGCCAAGGUGUUUAUUCCCUGAGUUGGAGCACAAGGUACUUUCUGUAUUGAUGGUAAUAACCAGUGUGUGUGUGCUCCCACUCCUAUGGAAGGAGAGGAAGGGAGGGUAGAGUUGAUCCUUGAAUACUUGGCUUUGAAUUUGAGUCCAGUUGAUAAAACUUCAUGGGUUCUCAUGAAAUUUGAUGUGUUUACUGCGGCACAUUUUAAUUUUAUUCAAAGCAACCAGCCAGACCCUGCAAAAGACUGACAUUACUAUUCAACUUGCUUAGAUUAUGUUAAUAGUUCAUUAACAAAGAUCCAUUUUAACUCGGAAAGAAGAAAACAUCCUCUAUUCCCAUGCUAGUCUAUAUACCUUAGUAAUCAAUUGGCUCUUAUCAAAAUGUUUAUAUAUAUAUAUAUAUAUAUAUAUAUAUCUGUAUUUUACUAUGAUAGUUGAGAAAUUUAGUCUUUUAGCUGUUAAUGUGGAAGACCUCAAAUACAAGAUAAGAUGCCCUUAAAUGUGGUUUUCAUCAUGUAUCAUGUCACUAUCAACAGUGAUUUGAAUUACAAUAUUUUGAACUGAUGAAAAUGUUUUGUAAACAUGAAGUUUGUCUUGUAUCAGUUCUGUUAUAGAGUUUCUUCAAUUAUCCAAGUGUCAUCUUAGGGAAGAAGUCAGAAAACUUAAAUCUGAACCCAUCAUAUUUUGAGUUCUAAAUGUGAAUCUACAUCACAAGUGGGCAUUAACAUUCUAAGUCACUUGGUUUGGAGAAUGUGUUAGCAUAGCGACGUUCAACUAAAGAAAUGCUAAAUACACAGAUGUUUCAAGAACUUUGGGACAGAUUUACAGGGGAACUAUGUAUGUGUGUGUGUGUGUGUAUCUUAUUAAAUACCCACUGUUGCACUAAAGUGGAAUUCGAAAGACUGUAUUGUUGAUACUGAAUAUCUGCACAUCAUUCCUGGUAAGAUUGUUUCAAAGACAAUCUCAAAGAUCUAUGGUUUUAAAAUAAAUUGGUUUCAAAAUAUAGUCAUUGAAGGAACUGCUGUCAUGCAUGGUGUUGCUCAGAGUUGUCUUUAUUCUCCUUGGUCAAGGUUAACAAUUUCUAAAUGAUUGCAAAUUCACUUAAAUAAUACAUUUACAAAGCCAUUUUACAUGCACUAAAUGAGGGCUACAACAAUAUCACGUUUUACAAAUACUAGCACUUUUUUUUUCUGUUAUGUACUUAGUGUUAGAGGGUCAAAAUAAUCUUUCUGCUUAGCAUCUCUUAAACUAUACCUGCAAGUAUAGCAGGAUUAUUACAUUUAUAGUACUUUAAUACUUGUAUAAACUAUGCAGAAAUUUUUAAUAAAGUGUAAUAUAUUUUAUAAGCUAAUAAGACUGGGUAAUGGUUUCUAGCAUGCAUUAGUAUACUUGCAAAUACUGAAACAUUUUGGUAAUCUUUCUUACUAAAGAUGUGAAUGUUUAAUGUACUCUCUCUGUUUCUACUCUGUAGUCCAAUGGGAAUUCAGUAAUGACAUUUUGUCAUGUCAAACUGUGAACAUAAAUUUGUACUGUACAGUCCUCAUAUACUAUAUAUAGUAUGCAAUAUAUGUAUUAUAUACUUGUUAAUAAAACUAUCAGAAUAUUAA